CGCGGGGGGAUAACGCGCUAGGGGCAGGAGGUGGGUGGUCGCCCGGAGACUCCGCACCUCGGAGUGACGUCCUGCUGCAGUGCCGCUGCCUGCGCUGCCCGAGCUCGUCAAUGGAGCUGGAAAACAUCGUUGCCAACACCGUUUUGCUGAAAGCCAGGGAAGGGGGUGGAGGGAAACGCAAAGGCAAAAGCAAAAAGUGGAAGGAAAUCCUGAAAUUCCCUCACAUCAGCCAGUGUGAAGAUCUCCGAAGAACCAUAGAGAGAGAUUACUGCAGCAUUUGUGAAAAGCAGCCGAUCGGGAGGCUUCUCUUUCGGCAGUUCUGUGAAACCCGACCCGAGCUCGAGUGCUGCAUUCGGUUCCUUGACUCAGUGGCAGAAUAUGAAAUUGCUCCAGAUGAAAAGCUGGGAGAGAAAGGAAAGGAAAUCAUGAUGAAAUACCUCACCCCAGAGUCUCCAGCCUAUGUUCCCGAAGUCAGUCAAGAUCUUGUCCAGCAGACAGAGGAGAAACUCGAAAACAGCCCCUGCAAAGAGCUCUUCUCUCAGUGUACAAAAUCUGUCCUUGACCACCUCAGUGGGGAACCAUUCCAAGAAUACCUAAGCAGCAUGUACUUCGACAGGUUUCUUCAGUGGAAGUGGUUGGAAAGGCAACCAGUAACGAAAAACACGUUUCGGCAGUACAGGGUACUGGGGAAGGGCGGCUUUGGGGAGGUCUGCGCCUGCCAAGUGCGGGCCACGGGCAAGAUGUACGCCUGCAAGAGAUUAGAGAAGAAGAGGAUAAAGAAGAGGAAAGGCGAAUCCAUGGCGCUAAACGAGAAGCAGAUCUUAGAAAAAGUCAAUAGUCAGUUUGUAGUCAAUUUAGCCUAUGCCUAUGAAACAAAGGACGCCCUGUGCUUAGUUCUGACCAUAAUGAACGGAGGGGACCUGAAGUUUCACAUCUACAACAUGGGCAACCCAGGCUUUGAGGAGGAAAGAGCUUUGUUUUACGCAGCAGAGAUCCUUUGUGGCUUGGAAGACCUGCACAGAGAAAAUACUGUGUACAGAGAUCUGAAGCCAGAAAAUAUCCUGCUGGAUGAUUAUGGCCAUAUUAGAAUAUCUGAUUUGGGUCUGGCUGUUAAAAUCCCUGAGGGUGAAUCAAUCCGUGGAAGAGUAGGGACAGUAGGGUAUAUGGCUCCAGAAGUGCUGAACAACCAGAGAUACACACUCAGCCCUGACUACUGGGGGCUAGGCUGUCUCAUUUAUGAAAUGAUUGCUGGGCAAUCACCGUUUCGUGGAAGGAAAGAGAAGGUGAAGAGGGAAGAAGUGGACAGGAGGGUGCUGGAGACAGAAGAGGUGUACUCCCAUAAGUUUUCUGAGGAGGCCAAGUCCAUCUGUAAAAUGCUCCUCACCAAAGACGUGAAGCAGCGGCUGGGAUGUCAAGGGGAAGGGGCAGCAGAAGUGAAGAGGCACCCCUUCUUCAAGAGCAUGAAUUUCAAGCGGUUGGAAGCAGGAAUGCUGGAUCCUCCCUUUGUCCCUGAUCCCAGAGCAGUGUACUGCAAGGAUGUGCUAGACAUCGAGCAAUUCUCCACGGUGAAGGGAGUCAACCUGGACCAAACAGAUGAUGAUUUCUACUCCAAGUUUUCCACAGGAUCAGUGUCUAUCCCAUGGCAGAAUGAGAUGAUAGAAACAGAGUGCUUCAAGGAGCUGAAUGUCUUUGGACCAAAUGGUACUAUUUCACCAGACCUAAACAAAAGCUACCCCCCAGAGCCACCCAAGAAAGGAUUGCUACAGAGAAUAUUUAAGCGACAGCAUCAGAACAAUUCAAAGAGCUCUCCAAAUUCAAAGGCCAGUUUAAAUCACCACAUAAAUUCGAAUCACGUGAGUUCAAACUCCACUGGGAGCAGCUAGUUCCAGCUCAGUUUUACCAAACAACACGUUGCAUCCUUCCACUAUAAUCCCUGGAGCUUCUGUGGAUGAGAGAGCCUCCACCUUUGAGUGAAAACAAACAGGAUCUCCCGAAGUGGAGAUCUUCUAUCCAUUCCUUCCAGUGGAGCCUCGCAUUUUAAGAAGAAUUUUCCACUCAGGUCUGUUUUUGGAGGUGGCACUCAAGACUGUGUGAAUCAAAUUUGUCUAUUUAGAACAUUGCAAUAGAAAUUCAAUGAACAUGACUACUUGCACGUAUUUAAAUAGCAUCAUACUAGAACUGAAUUUUGUCUUUAUUAUUUUUAAAGAAAAGUUUUGUAAAUUUCUCUAUUGUCUCAGUUUACAUUUUGUACAUUUGUAUUUAAAUGAAAGUCAGACUUUGGAGGUGUAUAUUUUCCAAGCAGCAGCUGUAAAGCCAUGUGUUUUAAGACAUUUUUUUAAAAGAAACAAAAUGUGACUCAAGACUUCCAGAGCCUCAAAUGAGAAAUCAUUCUUUUUAGCAAUUCUAGGAAAUUCUUCAUAAAUCACUUUAUCAGACUGGGGUUUAAUGACACGCAUUUUUAUGGAGCAAUUUAUUCUUAAUUAUUUUACAUCUGUAUAUUUGGUUUACAGCAACACUGCAUACAUUUCUCCUCUUCAUUAAUUUGUAAUGUCUCGCAUUAAAUGCUGAAAGGCAAGAUUUUGGUGCAUUCAAGAAUGCUGCUUGCUGUGCUGAAGGUUUGUGGUGUCACGGGACCAGCCCAGCUGAGAUUUGCACUUCCUUGUGUUGUCAUUUCAUCAAGUGCUUUUUAGUCAGAAAAGGAGCCCUGUUUGAAGCUCUUCUCCUUCACUAGUUUUGGUGCUGUCUCCAAUGGCAGGUGGAACAAAGCUGAGGGAGAGGUGGCCAGGAAAGCAAACGUUCAUUUGUUUUUCAAGGACUUCAAACCUGCACCUGCUGAAAUGAGAGCAAAACUCCAAGCAGUCAAAUUCCAAGGCUUUUCCACAGUUGCUCGUAUCAAACAGAUAGAGAGAGAGGAGUUCAGCACUCUGGUUUGUGACAGCUCUCUAGAACCUCAGCUGGAUAAAAUGUCAGUUAUGAAAUGGCACCUCCCACCGUCGGUUCCAUCAUCCUUUGUCCAGGGUCCUUCAACCAUCGACAAAAACAUCGUCCCCACUGGUGUAAACAGGGCCAGUCAGGGUCAGCAGCAGCACCUCAGGCAUCAGAACAGGGACAGGACUUGGGUAAAGCAGCUGACAAAGAAAAGUCAAGAAGGGGAGGUGAGGCUUGAGCCACUGUCCCAUGCCAGGUGAUGGCACUGCAGGUCUUGCAGAAGGUGCAAGAUUUUUAGACAGGUAGUAAUAGAUGAGAAUUGUAAGGAAUUUUAUCUCUCUGAAUCAGCUGUAAAUCAAAUCUGCAAUGGUUUCAGCUUCCUGAUAGGAGGGGAAUUAAAUAUUGUAGAGGUGAAAGCCGCUAUGCACAGAUUGGGCUGAUACUUCUAGGUCUGUUCUCAUGGCCUGACUUGAAGCUACCUGGAAUCUGCUCAGACACCUGAUCACGCUCUGGAUGAAGACUUUCUUGCUUUGGGAGGUUUUCACAGGCCUUCUUCAGUGGCAUUUGGGAUCUCACGUGAUUCCCAUCAUCUCCUACAUGCCACCAGUCUGGCAUAGGAAGACUGAAAUUUUCUUUCUUUGCCAUCUCCCACUUGGGAAAUAAAAAUCUGAUAACCACAACCCCCCUUACUGAAAGCUGGUGAACAAAUUGCAAAUACAGGUUGGAGCUGGCCUUGUACCUCUUAGAUGCCACCAGCCUUAACUAGUGGUGGGUGACUUCUUAGUGACAACAGUGAGUGACAGCGUUUGUGCCCUGUGCUGCUCUCCUUCCUCACUCAGCAGCUCUGGGGCUCUACCAGUGGAGACACAGGGGCAGUGCAAAGUCCUGGAAGGAUGAGAACUGCAUUCACUGACUCCUGACGCUUGGAGGACACUUUGGUAGGGUUAGAUAUCCUGAAUCCUGGAGAUGUGCACCCGAAGGAAGGCCUGGGAUGGACUCCCUCUGGAUUCCAGCUCCUUGGGAGCAGUGAGUGAGUAAAGGGAGAGACACAAAACAAGGCAAUUGAGGGAGAUUUCACGCUGCACCCCUGAAUUUGUCUGUCCUGAAUUACAAAAUAUAAACAGUAUUACAAUGCUGAGGCAGCAGAACUGUCGUGAUUUUUCAGAGCCCAGCAAUGAAAGACUUAAUAUUGUACAUCUUUAGUGCUGAUGAGCAGCCCUAGGGAUCUGGAAUCUUCCUGCCAGGGUUUUCCUACAGCAAAACCUGCAGGAUUUCUUUUUAUUGCUUUUUUUUUUUUUUUUUUAAAUUAUUCAGCUCACCUUGCACUCAAGACUGGAGUAGGACCACAGUCCUCUCACUUCCACUGCAUGACCAGGUGCAAUUCGGGUUGAUUGAUUUUCUCUGUCUCCUUUUCAAUUACAAUACAAAUUCUUUCCCCAAGAAAAUGCAUAUGUUCGGAUCUGGUUGCUUGUUUUAAAUAGUCAGAUGAGCAAACUUAGCUCUUUUUAAGAAUCAGAAGUCGUGCAAUCUGAUCCUGACUUGUGCAAGCAUGUUUUUUAUUUUUAAAUCUUUACUGAGUAGUCAGAUGAACACCAAUUAGUUUACAGGCUUUUAUGAGUCAGGUGUUUGCUAUCCAUUUUCUACAGUGUCUCAAGGUUCACUUGACUCCUGUAGCAUUUCUUCCCCACUCUCUGUUAGAUGGGAGCCUUUUUUUAAACCAAGGGAUAAUGAAGGAAAAAAUAACAAACUCUUGUGUGUGCACUCUUGACCUGGAUUACCUAAAAAGAGAUUUUUUUCACAAGCAUGGCCAUGACUCAGAUGUUGUUUCUGAACAAAAACCUGCUUGUGAAGCUGGGAAAGGUGUGAAGAUAAUCAAGGCAAACAGGUACUGGAGAUCCAGCUGAGCGUUAGGAAACUGCAGAAUUCAAUAUCCCAGCGCUCAUCUGGCCCUACUGAUUAGAGACUCCUGGGAACUGGCAGUUCAGAGACACAACAGCUCUCUGCAAAAACAGUUUGAUACCCAGAAACUGUGGCUGAGAGUGCCAUCAGCAGUGGGAAUCAAACUUGGCUGACCCAGCAAAGCACCUGAUUUGAAAACAUUGAUUCUUGAGGUCAUUCACCUUUUGAAUUCUUCAUUGAAUUCUUUGCUUCAGCUGUCAAAGCCUCACAUUUCAAGUCCAAAGUGCUGCAGGUUCUUCCUUGGUUCAUCACAUGCUGGUCACAGUGUCUGCAGUCACCUGGGACACAGGGCCAUGUUACACAUCAAGCCUGGCCUCAGAGGCAGGGUUGUCUCUCUGAGGGUCAGGGGGAACAGUUUGAUGGGGCAGGUGAGAAUCCCCUCAGCCUGCAGGAACAGCCAUCACACAGGUCCCUGUUCCCAGCCUCGGUCAGGAGUUCCCUGCACAUCUGGAAGAGCAAUAAAUGCACACCUUUACAGCACAGCUGCUGCUUCUCACCAAUCUCCAUGGAACAGGGGCUGCAGGAACUGGCUUUGCUGUGGACAAGAUAUGUGUGUUUUAACCUCUCUCCACUGUUAGUUGUGAUCAUUCUUUUUGUUCAGUUCAUGUUUGUAAUACUCAGUGUAGAGGAGAACAUUCAGCAGGCAUUUCCCUGGCAGUCUUUGGAAAGACUGGAUUUUUCUUUGGAGGAACACCUUUGGGUUAGUCUGGCCCUUGGCACACAGUCCAUCUUCCUCCCUGUGUGUGGCACGAAGCACAAAGUGCCCUGCAGGAGCUUUACAAGGCUCUCCUGCCCAAGGAUGGUCCCAGUCUGGGUCAGGCUGUGGGGAGCUGCACUUGGCAGUGAGGUUUGGGAGAAUCUGAGUUGUCUGUCUCAGGCCUUUCACAAACAUACCCUGCAACUGAAAAUGCUACUAAUUAUUUAGAGUAAAAAUAGUGACUAACACCCUCAUGCUAAAGCUGAGAGAAAGUCUGCAUAGGUUUAAAACAAUUCUCUUUUGUGUGCUGGGCAGGACACGGUGUCUUUUACACUAAAUAAUAUUACAGUGCUGGCUGGUAAUAAUUGUCUGUCCUUAACUGGAAAAUAAAAAAAAAAAAAAAAAAAAAAAGAAAAGGACAGAGAGAGAAAGAAAUAAUUGGUUCAGAGAAUUUUUAAGUUAUUUCCUUUAAGGAAAAUAAAAAAUUUCAUCCAAGAAGGUGAAAGCCAACAAUAUGCUGCAGUAUUAUACACUCACCUCCCCCAAACAUCUCUGUGAUAACAAGCUGCUGCAGUUGGAUCAGCUAAGCUGCUGUCCUGACCAAUGGGCUUUAGGAAAGAAACAAUUUUAAACAGAUUGCUACCUAUUCACUGUAAUGAAUAUUACUGCUGGCACAUAUGUCUUCUCCUUGGUUUAUGUACUGGAGCCAGGGGUGAUGGUUGGUAUUCCUACUCUGCCCAUGUUUUUCUUCACUGCCCUGAGCAAACCUCUGUGCAGUUUUGUUUUCCAUUUCUCAAGCAUGGAGGGAUGCUCUCUGUCUGUCAAUUGAAAGCACUUUGGAGUCUGUGCAUAAACCAGAUCAAUAUCAACUCUUUGUAUUAUUAUUUAAGUGAAAUAGGCUCAGUAGAGCUGCUCUUAUUUACACGACAAGGGAGAAGACUCUUCUAAAUUAGGGCUCUUUUUAUCAUUGGUUUGUCUCAGUUCCUUGGAGACACUGAGACAGAAAGCACUGCACUUCUGUAAGACAUCAACAACGAGGUGACAGCGCCAAUGUUAAAGUAUUCAUUUCUUACUUAAAAGCUGGCCAGUAAUUAUGGCAUUCCCAUGAGCAAUUCCUCUCUUUUUUUUAGAUAGUAGUUAUGAGGAAAUAACACUCAUUGGUUCAGCUUUUUUGGCCAAGCCUGCAGAGGAUUGCCUACAUUAUUGAAGUCCCAAAGAUGCACCUGUGGCAAACCCUGGGUCAGUUCCCUGCCCACUGUGGAAACAAAAGGGGCAAACACGCCUGGGAUCCGUGGGCUCCGGAGGGGAGCUCCAGGUUUUUCUGGAGAAGCUGUAGAGAAGAUUCACUGCCAGAGAGGGCACACCUGGGGUGGUGGCUGGCUGGGAAGUGCUCUCCUUUCUCAUCACCCCGCACGCAGCUGUCAGACCCGCUGAUGGGCAAGCUCAAACGAGUCGUUCCACGUGGAUUGGAUGCGGUCUCCCUUUUAAUUGCGUUUCUUUUAAACACUGGACACUCUUCUAAAAGACUGAACAUUUUAGCCUUUCGGAGGUGAAAGCUGUAAAAACUUUAUUUUGUGUUUUCUGAGCAAUGUAGAUAGACCUAAAGAUUUCAUGAACUAUCAUGUGGUUUGCCCAUAUCUGACUAAUAAUUAAAUUGUAAAAUUGCAGUUUCAUAUUAGGGUUAGUCUUUUCACCUGCUUCAAAAAUUAAAAAUCAUAUUUGGUAUAUAAACACACACAGAAUAUCCUUCUGAUUCAAUUUCAAGAGCAUAUCCAGGAUUAAAUGUUUUUAAGCACUUCUAAUGCUGUAGUCUAUAAGAGGAGCAGACAAUUCUAAAGCAAUGUUAAAAGUUGUCUUUCAUAACUGAGUCAACAGAUCAUUUUUGUAAUAAAUUAAAGCAAGUGUUCUCAAUUAGAAGAGCUAGUGGCUGUUGGUAUUGUACAAAAAAAUCAUUCUAAUAUCCAAAAGGGUUGGGGUGGGGAGGGUCUGUUUGGUUUUGUUUCUCUUUCCAGGGAGAUCUUUAACAUUGUUUGAUGAAGCUAGUUUCAUUUUGAGGUUGUUACUGAAGAUAAAGGCUUCUGUGUUCUAUGGCUGCUUGGAUUCUUCGUACAUAAUGUCCUAGUAAUGUCACAGUGCUGCUGUAUCUAGAUCAAACCACUGUUUUGAUUGGGGGUUUGGGCUUUGGGGUUUUUUUUUGUUUGGUUGUUUUUUUAAUAAAUUCCUUAAUUUAAAUACAUGAAAA